AUCAGUGACUGGCUCUAAUGGAGAAGAGACUUCGCUCAUCCCUCCAGACCUCCGCCGAAGAGUUCCUGUCAUCUGCAACAAAAUUAGGGUUCAAAUCUGCAAAACCCUCACUCAAAACCCUAAUUCAGAACCUUGCCCCAUCAUCUCAUCUCUCCUCUUCACUCCCUUUCUCUCUCCGCCACUCCAUUUCUCAAUCCAUCACUCGCUUCAAACAAUUAUCCCAACCUACUAAUGCCAAUCCCACUGUGUCUCCCAAAUCACCGCCGACGAAGCGGCUUAGGAGAUCUUCGCGAAAUGUGAAGAACACAGACGAUUCGGGUAUAAAGGAUCGCGAAGCUAAAAUUGUUUAUGACAAGCAAUGUGUGAUUCAAAGUCUUCAGAUUUACGCUUAUAUGGCACUUCUAUGCGUUUCUCAUCCGACGAAGGCAUUCUCGCCUUCGGACUUAUUGCCGGCGGUUCAAGAAUUGCACGAUAAUUUGAUUCUGUUCGAGUCGGAAUCGGUUUUAUUGUCGGAGAUUGCGAGUUUGUGCGAGGAGUGGUGGAAGGAGCAGUUGCCGGGGAGAGAAACCCUAAUUUCGCAAUUUCUUCCGUUUUUGUUAUCGAGGUCACUGACAUUGAAGAAGAAAGUCGAUGUGCAUAGGGUGUAUGUGCUUCGUGAGGCGUUUACUUUGUUUGACUUUGAGGAUGAGAGCAUAGAGGACUUGAAGCUCUUGCUUGUUCGGUGUCUGAUCACGCCUUUGUAUUUGAAGACGGAAGAUGGGAGGCGGUUCUUGGGGUUUAUGUUUGGGUUAAAUGGGCAGCUGGUGAAGGAAGCACUGGCGAUGAUUCGGUCUCAGAUUCACUUUGAGCGGAAGUCUAUGUUGGAGGCCUAUGCAGAUAUUGUUUUCCGGGCUUGGAAGGUUGCAGAAGGGGUGUCACGGGAUGAAAUUGAGAAUGGUUUUUUGCAGGGAUUGGUUGAGGGGGCAAUAUAUGCUAGUUCAGCGUCAUUUGCUGCAUCAAUAAGGAGGGUCUUGGGGGGUUUUGUCAACCAGCGGACAACAGAUGGUGUGGAGAGACUCCUCUUUCGCCUUGCUGAGCCUGUGAUAUUUCGGUCACUACAGGUUGCAAACUCAAAUGUUCGUCAAAAUGCAUUGCAUUUACUUUUAGACUUGUUUCCUCUUGAAGAUCCUGAUUCCAUAAAGGAGGUUAAAGAUACAUUGCUUGACAAACAGUUCUUUUUAUUGGAGAGAUUACUUGUGGAUGAAUGUCCAGAUGUGAGAGUCAUUGCAGUAGAAGGCUUUUGUCGCAUUCUUCAUUUGUUCUGGGAAAUUAUCCCUUCAUCAACCAUUACAAAGGUAAUCACCAAAAUUUUUGAUGACAUGACACAUGAUACAUGCAACGAGGUCAGGGUUUCCACAUUGAAUGGUAUUACAUAUAUGCUUGGCAAUCCUCAAACUCAUGAGAUUCUCAAAGUGCUUCUACCUAGAUUGGGCCAUCUCAUUCUGGAUUCUGCACUUACGGUACGAUCUGCUCUUGUGGAUCUCCUUUUUAUUUUGAGAGAUAUACGAUCUUUUCAGUUUCAUAAGGUGGUGCGCUUAGAUCUACUAUUGUCAACCCUUGCAAAUGAUCAACCUCUAAUAGCUCAGAAAAUUACUAAACUACUACUACCAUCAUAUUUCCCCUUGAAAGUUACUCUGGAAGAGGCAUGCAAUCGAUGUGUCGCCCUUAUAAAAAGGUCUCCCAUGGCUGGAGCAAAGUUUUGCGAAUUUGCUUUAUCAGAAGGGGCAUCUCUGCAGUCUCUCAUGGAACUUGUCAAAGUCUUCAUCAGUUUGGCUCUGUCACCUGGCAUGCUGGAUGCAAAACAGAUUGAUGGGUUACUUGUCGCAGCUGCCUAUCUUUGCAAGAAUCUGGCGGACGAGGCAUCUUACAAGGCUGCCCUUAAGGCGUUGUUGUCUGGAGAAAAGCUGAAGUCCUUGUUUGGUGCUGCAGCUACUAAGCGUGCUCAAUCUUCUGUAUGCGACAUUGUUUCGAUCAUCUAUCCAGAUGAUGUAGGGUGCCUUCUCGAAGAAUGCUUGGCCUUGGUCACAAAUUGUAGUGGUUUUUCUGAAAAUGCGGAAAGGCAAGCUGAAGUAAGAUCUGCCCACAGGAUGAUGCUGUCCUGUAACUGGUUUGAUGAUAUGUUUGAAGCUUUAACAAAGCUCUUGCAGAAAACUGCCUAUGGAUGCCAUAUCAAAUUUGGCACAGAAAUACCAAAGCACAACGUUCCCUCAGUGAAGCGGAUGAAACUCAAGUCCUCUGUCAAAAUUUCAGCGAAACCGAAACGUGUCAACGGAAAAAAGUCUUCCAACACAACAACAUCCAUAUUCGAAGAGGAUUAUCUAAUUUCUGUAGAAAUAGCCUGGCAAAUAAAAGACAUGCUUAUAUCUGAAGACACACGGAAAGCCAUGUUAGGGUCUCCAAUUCUAGAAGUUGCAUUAUGUGCUUUAAAGGUCAUUUCUGAGGUCAGCAUUGUGCAGUGCAUGCAUUGUGAUUAUAUGGACACGUCUCCAGUUUUGGCAUACACGGCUCUGACUUUGCAUAUGUCUCUUCAAAAUGUUGGCAUAAAUCUUACAAACAAUCGUCGUUCCAAGGAAAAUGCUUGUCUUGAUUCUGCAGGGUCAUCUUUGGAGCUACCUUUGUUGGACCAGACAAUGGAUCAUCUACUCAAAUGUACAAAUAAGUUAUUUGUAGCAGGUGACUCUGGAAACUGUAGUGAAGUGCCUUCAGUAUCGAAGCAGGAUACCAACAAGACAUCCCGUCGUUGUGGCCAAAAGCACAAAGAAUCUCAAGAGGAUGCUUCCAACCCUAGUGACGGGGGAUCCAUUUGCACUAAACAAAAGAGGAUAUCAAAUGUGGUGAAGAUGCCAACUGCAGUUCUCAAGUUCGUCGUUGAUGCAACUAUGGUGGGACUUCUUACCCAAAGUCAGAAAAGGUGCUUGAAGUUCACACUGGGAUAUGUAGAAUUUAUAAUCUCCAAUUUAAGGGGACAUUCAUGUAACCAGCCGUUGGUCGAGGAAGAUCUGAAAGAUGCAUUUCUCUGUCUGAAGAGCUCCAUCACCUAUGCAGCCAAGUUACUCAAUCUUGUCCUUAUAAGUUCAAGCAAAGAUUCACCACCUCCACCAGAAGUUUACAGUCUUGCUAAUGAUCUGCUUGAUCUAAUCAUUUCAAUUGAACUGUACUUGGGCUCUGGUUAUGCAGCACGUCUUGUUGCUGCAAUGCAACCGUGGCUUCCUGACUUGGUUUUGGCAUUGGGAUCCAACCACAUAUUGAGACAGACUCGGGAAGAGAGGACUUGUACUGCUGCAUUUGAUCAUUCCAAAUUCCCUUCUCCAUUAUGGUCCUCCAUUUUAGCAAAGAUCGAACUCCAUGAAAUAAAUAAAGCUGGCUCAGAUGAGGAGGGUGAUGGAGUUCCUGAACCACUGGAGUUUUCUGCAUUCAAUAAGCUUGUGAAAAUGAUGGUUGUACUAUUGAGAGAAAAUACUAAUGUAUUAGAUGCAGUUGGAGUUACUUUCUUGACUGGUUCCAUAGUUGGCCUGGAAAAGAUGGACUUUGAAUUGGUAUUUGGACUCCUGCACUUUGUCUGUGUGAAGUUAGUGGGAAAUGAACUCGGACGAUGGGGAGAACUUAGUUUGAUGCUGGCAUCUCUGCAUGAUAUUUACCCUCGAAUAGAGAAAGAAGCUGAGGAGAUAAGCAAUGGUGAGGACCAGAGGCAGAAAUUAGAGAAUAUAAGGGCAUUGCUUGAACCUGUAUGGAUGUAUUAUAUUUAUGGAACUGGUAGCGAUCCCAUGACGGAAGAGUAGAUGGAGUUUUUGUUAAUUAUAUGGAAAUUAAUGGAAAAGUUUAAUUCUUGAAAUGCUUAAAGGGAAGACACUACAUUGUGAAGAACAUGCCAUGAGGUUUUGUACUUGCUAAAGAAUCCUCAACUCUUUGGCCUUGAAGAGGCCAAUUGGAAUGGUUAGAAACACUUGGUUCUUUUCUGUUUUUGGUACUUUCUCUACUUCAGAUGUAUGUAUUAUAUUGAUGCCAAGGCUUUGGAUAACAGUACUUCAUGUACGUUUUAAAAGAACGUGGAAAAUUUUGGUGUUGACAGUGGAAAUCAAUCAUCAUCAAUUGCAACUUUGCUCUUCAUAUUCCUCCAAGGUGGUUCCCUCAGUUUUUUUGCUUCUGUAGUUCUUUUUGGUUCUUGCUCGAUUAUAAACUUCAUGUACUGAGAAACAUUGAUUUCACAGGAUUUGAAGAGGUUAUUUUCAUUACCACUUCCCAAAAGCCAACCCUAUAGAGUUAUGCUCUAUUCGGUACGAAAGAAAAAAAUUGGAUGGAAGGGAGAGAAGAAGGGAUGGAUGAGACAUCGCUAGGGAAGAAAUUGUGUAUUUCUUUCUUUUUGUUCGGUUGGAUAGAAGAGAAGAAAAACUCACAAUUUACUAUGUUCAUUAAGAGAAUGAAAGAGAGAGUUUUAAUUGUUUUUUUCAUAUAAAAUUUAUAAUAUUGUAAUUUAUAGAAGAUAGUACUGUAAUUUAAAAAUUGUAUAAUUUAAGAUAAUAAUUAAUUUAAAACUUCUGUAA